AUGAAUAUUUAUAUACAUAUACAAAUAUAUAUAUAUAUUCUAGUGGCAAGUUUGAAGUUACGAAUCCAAGAAUUGGAAAAGCAAGAAGCUAUCUGGAAAGAAAAACUAAAAGAGGAACACACACAACUUAUUAAUUUCCAAAAGAAAUUAGCACAAGCAGGCACGCAUCUUAAAACACUAACCCAAGAAAAUGCUAGCUUGACUAAAUCAGUUACUGAACAAAAAAAACAGCAACAGGAGAUGACCGAGAUGAUGAUGAAAGAAAAGAGCCAAUUAGAAAUGAAAUAUAAUGAUGACCAUCAAACAUGGACAAAGAAAGAAGAAGAGUUGAAAGAAGAAAUUAAGAAAAUGAACCAAAGCCAUCAAAAAGGAAUUAAACAACUCGUGUCUAUUCUUGAGUCAACCAUUAAUGAAAAAGAUGAUGAAGCUACAAUGCCUGAUGUUUCUACUCCAUCUUUAUUAGACAGCUAUAUUAAGUCUCUACAGGAGAUGUUAUUGAACCAAUCUUCAGAAGCAAAAAAGCCCGAGAAAGUUAGACAUCUAUUACAAGAACAAGGAGAGCGUAUACAAAAGUUAUCCAGUAUGAAUAAAUCGGCCACUGAAGAAGGUCAAAAAGAUUUAAAGCGACAGAUAACUCAAUUAAACAUGACCAUAAAUGGAUUAAUAGAAGAAAAAGAGAAAGCGAUAUCGGAAAAAGAAGAUUUUGAAAAUCAAUCUAUGUUACUAGAGACCAAGGUUGCAGAAUUUAAAUCAAAGUUAGAAUCAACUGAAAAAGAGAAAAAGGAAUGUGAAGAUAGGGAAAAACAACUCAGUAAAGAACAUCAAAGACUCUUGGGUAAAAUAUCACAUAUCAAAGAGACGCUUUCACCUCGUCUAGAGCAAGACAAACAAUUGAGACAACGUAUAAAUGAACUCUCACAGGAACUCGAAACGACACGAUCUGAAUUAGAACAGUGUAGAUCUAAUCUAAUAUUACUUGAUGAAGAACAUUCCAGCCAAGUACAACAAUUAGAAAAUACAAUUAAAGAACUGUCAAGUAAACUAGAAAGUGUACAUCGAGAAAGAGAAGAAUAUGAGAUGACAGCAAUGCAACUCGAUGCACAUUGCAACCAACUUCAGGAACAAUUAAAGACAAGUACUUCGGAGAUUGAACAAAUGAAGACAAAUAUAGAAGUAGACAGCAAAAAGAGAGAGUCAGAAAGAGUCAGUCUUGCAAAUUUACAAACAGUACUCGAAGAAUUUCAAGCAACCAAGGAUGCUGAGAUACAAGCUGCUGUAGAGCAUAUUGAAAGACAACUAGAUGUUGCAAAGAGAUCCUGGGCAGAAUAUGAAGAAAGAACACGAAUUGCAGAGGCAUCAUUAGAAAAAUACCAACAAGAUGCUGGCAAAACAGAAAAGUUCGAAAAAGAAAUUAAAGAAAAGAAUCUUUUAAUUGGUAAACUAAGACAUGAAGCCAUCAUUUUAAAUGAACACCUUGUUGAAGCUAUGAGAAAGUUAAAAGAAGAAACAAGCGAAAAUAAUGUAGACCGAGGGGAUCGUAAACGGUUUGAUAUUCUAACUAUCAUUUCCAAUGUUUUACAACUAACAGAGGAACAAAAGGAGCAAAUUGGCUUAUUAAGGCCUAAAAAUAACACUAGUUAUAACGGGCAACCCACAUCACCUAUCGUAGAACAACCACAAAAAGAAUCUUUUACAGAUGCUUGGAUUUCAUUUUUAUUAAAGGAAUCUAAUCCUUUACGUCGUAACCGAUCAGAAGCUUAUUUACCAUCUAUUGAUAAUAGUAGUAAAACUCCUGAACUUUAA